AUGGAAUCACACAGUACUUAAUCAGAAGAUAGCAACAGAAGUCAAAGAUCAAGUUUUGGCAGUGGAGAUAUAAUCACUCCAGAUUAUGUGCGCAUAAUGAAAAGAGCAAGUGAUAGAAACUUUUGUUCUUUAAGGGACAACACUCUUAUUCGAUUUGGUACUUAUGAAAUCAGAGAUUAUGAGUCGGGGCUGUGCUUGUUUGAGAUUACAGAAGAUCAGCAAAUCUACGCGCAUAAUUAUGCUUUGCAAGAAGAAGAUGAUGGCAAUGAGAGUGCUGAUUUUAGAACACUAAGAUACGGUUUUGGACCAGAUUUCCUAGAGCUAAAAACUCUUUAAUUGAAACUAGAAUUCUAUGUGGAUGGAGAUGAACCAAUAAAAGAUCUUUUAUUGGUUGAAAGGUUCUACUUCAAAGAUAGAUUGCUUACAAACUUUGAAUUUAAUUUCCCAUUCUGCAUGCCAAAAAGUCAAAAUCAAGCUGAAUUUAUUUAUGAUCUGCCUAAGCUUACACCAGAAGAGAAAGAAGAGAUGAUCAAUAGCCCUUGGGUACCUAAAUCUGACAGUUUCUUCUUUGUCAACAAUCAACUCAUUAUACAUACUAGAGCUGCAUAUAACUACUCAAGAGAUUAAUGA